AUGGCCCCAGCCCACUACCAGCAGUCAUGGCCCCAGCCCACUACCAGCAGACAUGGCCCCAGUCCACUACCAGCAGACAUGGCCCCAGCCCACUACCAGCAGUCAUGGCCCCAGCCCACUACCAGCAGACAUGGCCCCAGCCCACUACCAGCAGACAUGGCCCCAGCCCACUACCAGCAGACAUGGUCCCAGCCCACUACCAGCAGUCAUGGUCCCAGCCCACUACCAGCAGACAUGGCCCCAGCCCACUACCAGCAGACAUGGUCCCAGCCCACUACCAGCAGUCAUGGUCCCAGCCCACUACCAGCAGACAUGGUCCCAGCCCACUACCAGCAGUCAUGGCCCCAGCCCACUACCAGCAGACAUGGCCCCAGCCCACUACCAGCAGACAUGGUCCCAGCCCACUACCAGCAGUCAUGGUCCCAGCCCACUACCAGCAGACAUGGCCCCAGCCCACUACCAGCAGACAUGGUCCCAGCCCACUACCAGCAGUCAUGGCCCCAGCCCACUACCAGCAGUCAUGGCCCCAGCCCACUACCAGCAGACAUGGCCCCAGCCCACUACCAGCAGUCAUGGCCCCAGCCCACUACCAGCAGUCAUGGCCCCAGCCCACUACCAGCAGUCAUGGCCCCAGCCCACUACCAGCAGACAUGGCCCCAGCCCACUACCAGCAGACAUGGCCCCAGCCCACUACCAGCAGUCAUGGCCCCAGCCCACUACCAGCAGACAUGGCCCCAGCCCACUACCAGCAGUCAUGGCCCCAGCCCACUACCAGCAGUCAUGGCCCCAGCCCACUACCAGCAGACAUGGCCCCAGCCCACGCACCGGAACUUACCGACACAGGUGCCACUGCUCCACUCGCCCCCACAGACCUAUCAGCCGUAG